CUCAAUUUAGCCAUUGCCCAAAUCAACACAAAGGUAGACGAUGACUUCAUCAUCACCGGCGGCGGCCCAUAUUCUGGUCUUCCCUUUCCCAUCUCCCGGCCAUAUCAUCCCUCUUCUCGAUCUCAUCCGUCAAUUACUCAACCAUGGCCUCACUAUCACAGUACUAGUAACACCUUCUUUCCUUUCUCUCCUCGACCCAUUAAUUUCUUCCACCUCCUCUCUUCAAUUUCACACCCUUGUUCUUCCAAUCUCCGCCGCCUUCUCCGCCCCUCACGCCCGCCUCAUCGAUAAAGUUCGCGGCACAGCCGAUCUUUACCAAAACAUCGUACAAUGGUUCCUUUCCCAUCCUUCUCCUCCCGUCGCCAUAAUCUCCGACUUCUUCCUCGGCUGGACCCAACGUCUUUCCGAACAAUUGGGUAUCAAACGAAUCGUCUUCUGGCCGUCCGGGGCUUUUACAGCUUCCGUUAAUCAUUCCAUGUGGAAGAAUUUACCCAAGAAUGAUUCUCCAGAUAACGAUGAAUUUCUUGUUCGAUUCCCGGAGGUACCGACUUCUCCGGUUUAUCCAUGGUGGCAGAUAACUCAGUAUUGCCGGAAUUAUAAGGAGGGUGAUCCGUAUUAUGAAUUCUUUCGAGAGGGUAUGGUUCUAAAUUCGGAAAGUUGGGGUUUUGUAUUCAAUUCGUUUGAGGAAUUGGAAGGGGUUUAUGUUGAUUACUUGAAGAAAUUGAUGGGUCAUAACCGGGUUUGGACUGUCGGCCCGUUGUUACCCGAUUCGGAUGAGUCUUUGAACCGAGGUGGGUCGAGUUCUAUUCCGAUAACCGAGUUGAUGGGUUGGCUUGAUUCGAAGGAAGAUGGCUCUGUUCUUUACAUUUCAUUUGGGAGUAGAAUUGUGUUAUCGAAUGUUCAAAUGGCGGCUCUUGCGGAGGCGAUUGAGUUAAGUGGGGUGAGUUUUAUAUGGUGUGUGAAGGAUAGAAAGGACUCUGAAAUGGGUUUGAUUCCUGAUGGGUUUGUUGAUCGGACAUCUGAGAAGGGAUUGAUUGUGAGGGGGUGGGCGCCGCAGGUGGCGAUUUUGAGGCAUCGGGCUUUGGGAGCGUUCUUGAGUCAUUGCGGUUGGAAUUCGGUGUUGGAGGGGAUUGAUUCGGGGGUUCCUAUGAUUGCUUGGCCGAUUGGGGCGGAUCAAUUUACGAAUGCUAAACUUUUGGUGGAUAAUCUUGGGGUGGCGAUUCGUGGGUGUGAAGGGGGAGAUGUGAAUGUGCCGGAUGUGAAUGAGUUGAGUCUGAGGAUAACUGAGUCGAUGUUAGGCGGCGGAGGCGACUGCGAUGGGCGGAGGGAGCGGGUGAGGCGGUUGAGUGAGGCGGCGAGGAAAGCUGUUGGGGAAAAUGGUGGGAGUUCGAUAAGGGAUUUGAAUGAUUUUGUUUGUGAAUUGAAUAAUCUUCAAGAUAAGACCGGCGGUUCAAAACUUGAAUAGAUU